AUGGCGGUCAACGAAGCGUGUUCCCAGAUGCGUUAUUUUUGUAUAGCAAUUACCUUACUUUUGGUAUCGAUAUCUGUUCAUAUAGAUGGUAAGUGUUAUAAAUAUUGAGUUGUCGUCUGAGCUUUACAAAUGCAGCGUUCUCAAAAGAAACAUUGCAUCAGAACUUAUCCUUUCAGAUCCUCCCCAGUUUCGAGUAGCCUCAGCGGAAGCACGCAUAUUUCCACAACUUGAGAGACACACAAAAGGCAAAAGGAGGAUAUUAUUUUGUUGGAAAAGGGUUGAAAUACACUUGAUAUUUCCCCUUUUUUAGGAAAAUCAAGAGAUAUUGAACAUAAAAGGGUCAAUUAAUUUACCAAGGACUAGUAUUGUGUUCUUAUAUGGCCUAACCUACUUUUUCGGCAGCACAUUCUCCGAUUGAUCCAAGUAUUUUGAGGAAGCCAAACUGGCAAGAUCGUCUUAUUACUUGGUGGAUGUCGGUGAGAGCGCCUCUAGGAACUCUGAUCCUCGGGGGAUUAGGUUUGACCUGGUUGAUAAUUAAGAUCACAGGCAAAGAAAAACACAGGGAUGAAUAUUUACGUUGGAAAGCCAGGCAGGAGAAGGUUUGAUAAAUUUGUUAUUAAGUUUCAGUGUAUCCAUCCUUCCUCCCUUUUUGACUUUCUUUUAUCCUUCCUCUUUCCUUUCUGGAAAUCUUUCGUUAGAGAGAGAGUUACAUAAUUAUUAACUUGUGAAUCCAGAAAGAGAUUUAACUCUCUGACCCCAAAGAGUGACUAGCCUUUAAUUUCUCCUCAAAAUAUCCCCCUGAAUCACACAUCAAAGUUAUGAGAACAUAGGAAAUGAUCAGUAAUCAAAGAAGUUCUUGAUUGUUAUUCAAAUUCUCCUUGUCUGCAAAUGUAUGAAGAAUAUGCAUAAUGAUGUUAGGGUGUAAAGGGUUAAAUCAUGACUGGGAGUUGUUCUGUGACUCUGUGUAUAUUAUUAAAUGAAUAUUUUAUUGUGUGCAAAAGCAUAUGGCUUAAAAGGGCCUUUUUUUUUGGCAGGAAAAUAAAAAAGUUUUGAAAUCUCCAACUGAUGAGACAGAAACUACAGUGUCAAAGGAUUUGAAAAUAUUCUUUGGAACACAGACUGGAAAGGCUCAGGUACAUCAGCAGGAGCUGUAUUUGCCUAUUAAUUGUUAAAUCAUUAUUAUUGUGAUGUAUGCAUUGAGCUGUGAUGAGGAAAAGGGUAUCAGACAGAUAAUAUUUUUAAUCUUGUAGGUUAGCUCAAAAAAUUAUUUAGUUCAUAGCCAGUGAAAACUUGAAGCAUAUUUAACUUUUAGCUAUGUAUUACUAAGUGAAAUACUGUGGCCAAGUGAAAGUUGCUGUGUUUAGUUUUAAAUCUGUUUGGCAGAAAAACUGCAUGUGUUUAGUGUUUUAGGCCCAUCCUAAAAUGCAGUAAAGCAAGACUAAUGCAGCAAUAUUCCAUGAUGUUGGACACUCACUUAAUAUGUUUAUGAUCUGACUCAUUCCAGUACCCUACUGAUUCACCUCACUGAAGAUAAGCUCUGACCCAGACUUUGGGCUAACUAGAGCUGAAAAGUAAAGUGAUUGCCAAAUGAUUGAACAGUUGGAUAUGGAACCUUUUUUAAAAGAAGAUUUUUAAGCGAUUCAUUGAUCAUAAACAUUUUUUUAAUUCCAGAAUCUUGCAGAGUUGCUACAGUCUGAAGCACAAGAAAGUGGGUUGAGAGCUGAACUUGUGGAUUUAAAGAAUUAUGAACCAGAAGACAAUCUUUCUGAAGAGGUAUUUCCAAAUUUCACUUUUUUUUUAUUUCUAUAUAUCUGUGUAGCAUGCAAAUAAAUUUCACUUUAACCCUUAACUCCCAGAAUUGAUUAACAUGAAACUUCUCCCUACAAUAUCAUGCAUAGCUCAGCAUACAGGUAAUGAGAAUGUUAAAACUUAUCAGGUAGAAGCUGGUGUCUUGAUCCAGCACCAAGUUCUUACAACUAAUUCACAAGGAAAUGUGUAGCAGCUAGAGGGGAGAAUUUAUUUAAUAAUCAAAUCUUGGGAGUUAAAGGGUUAAAAAUAUGGGAAAAUUUCUAAGUUUUUGGUUCAUCACCAGAUUAGUUUUUAUCUGAUGAAGGAAAGUUUAUUGGAAGAGAAAUAUAGUUCUUAAAGGGUAAAAUUUUCUUGUGCUCUGUAUCUAAAUGAAUGUGAAAAACAGGGCAGUGGUUUGUCAGGCACUUGCCAGAAAGUGACCAGUAUCAGUUGUGUGAGCCAAAGGAAGGAGAGUGUUCAGGUCACUUGCAGUCCCAUACAAUUGGGAUCUACUUUGCCUACCAAGCAAGGGAGAUCUAGGAAAUUUUUAGUAGAGGGUUGGAGAGGGGGGUCCAAACUGUGAUGCACAAAACUCAGAAUUCUCUUGAAUUCUCCAGCCUUGUAAGCAUAGAAAUAUUUCAAGACUAGUAUGUAAAUUCUAGAUACUCAUUCUUUGCAACACUUUUGGUAUUGGUCAAGCACUAAUAAAAACCACAUAUAGGGGGGCAGGGUCUGGACCCUACUCGACCAUCCCUCUGUAAUCACAACUGAUAAAUUUUACUGUAUGUUUCAAGUGAUUCUUAUUUUCAAUUCUCUACUCCACAGACAGCAACUUGUGUAUUUAUUGUUAGCACAUAUGUGGAUGGAAAGCCUCCAGAAAGUGUUCAGUGGUUUUACAAAUGGCUAGAGGAGGCUGCCAAUGAUUUUCGUGUGCAGAAAUCCCUCCUGCAAGGCUUAAACUAUGCCGUGUUUGGCCUUGGUAAUUCACUCUAUGAAGACAAGUUUAACUUGGUAAAUAAAUCUAAUAAGUUAUAUGUCAGUAAAACUUGGAUUUAAAAAAAAUUGUGAUAAAUGGUUUUAAGGUUGUAUGAUUAUUUUUGAAAUGAGUACCUAGUAAUGACUAUAUUAGAUCUCUGUUAUCAUGCAUCCUUGAUUGGGCAUUUACCCUUUUACUUCUAAGAUCUCAUCAGUAAUUCUCCCUACUGUUUGCCAAACAAUACUAUGAUGUUAAUUUGGAGAAUUUGAUUUUGGAUCAACUGAUAAUCCCUUUUUGAUAUUUUUCUUUAGUCCAAUCACUUUCAUGCCUGAUAUUACAUUUAAUAUUGUUAGAAGAAAUUCUGUCUUGCUCAUAUUCAAACAUUCUCUUUUUGUAAUGUGUCAGGUUGGGAAAAGAGUUGAUAAAUGGCUGGAGUUGCUUUGCGCAAGACGUGUCUUUCCUUUUGGAAUUGGAGAUGAAAAUGUAGCCAACAGCAAACAUGGAGGUAUGGAGUUGUCGAAACAAUCAAUUAAAAGUAAUGGGUUAAACAGGUAAAGUAGGUUUUAGGUCAUUUUUUGCAAUUUCUGAAACAUGAAGGUAGAGUUUGUUGUGUUAACAAGGAGGAUAAUUCUGAAAGGAAUGAUGAAAUUUUCAGCAACAGAAGCUGACAGAACUUUUAAAAUCAUGAACAGAAGCGAUAAACAGAGUGAACAGAAAAUUAUUUGGAUUGUCAAAUGUGUCCCUGAAAGCUGAAUUUCUUGACACUCUUGGUACAAUGUAUCUUUGGUAAGUUUACUGUUUUGACACAAUUCUGGUACCUAUUGGUAUUUGCCAGAUAACAGGAAAUUUCUGUAGAGGGUCAUACCAUAAAUUUCAGUUUUAAUUUUUUCCUUUGCUUUCAGGUACAGAGGAGGAUUUCAAAUUCUGGAGAACAGAUUUCUUGUCCUUCAUAAAAGGCACAAGUGGAAAAUCAAAGGGAAAUGUGUGUCAGUGUUCCAGUGGAUCAAACUCUCAAGUUGAUGAAACCUGUUGUCAGAGUGAUGAAGGUCCUCAGGAAAAUGAGGGUCAAGAUGAUGAGGUAACAUGUGAAAGAAAGAAAAAGACACAUAAACAUAAUAUUAAUUUAAUUUAGUCUGGUCUAAUAAAUUUGAAAGGGAACUAGUGUUAUUACACAAUUACUGGGGACUCAAAAGAUUUCAUUGUGGUCCACAAAUUAAAAUCGAAUCAACUGUAACAUUUAUUUAACCCUUUGAUCCCUAAGAGUGACCAGCAUCUAAUUUCUCCUUACAUUAUCACCCCUGAAUCAGACUAUAAGGUCAGGAGAUUAAAGGAAAUGAUCACAAUCUUAACAUUGAUUGAUUAUUAAACAAAUUCUCCUUGUCAGCACCUUAGGAAAUGUAUAGAAAACAGUAUAGAGAAUAUGCAUACUGAUGUUAAGGUGUAAAGGGUUAAGAGUGCAACUGGCAGGAGGCAAACCAGUUGGGUUUUUUCAAAUGGCCAAGGAGUUGUACUUGGGAUUAUGAAGAAAAAAAAUUGAUCUGGUGGUCAGUGCUGUCAGUGUUAUCAAGUGGCUGAAAACCUCAUGGACACUUUGUCAAAUAACUACAUUUUAUUACAGAUUAAAGAUUAAAAGGUUCUGUUUUUGGAAAUGUCUUUGUCAUUUAUUUAGUUGCUAGGUGACCCAUGUUUUCUUGUUUCCUUUGUCAAGGUUCUGUAUGAAAGCACAAGUGAGGAGUCUGCAGGUGAAGGUGAAGAAGAGAGCAAUUCUGGCCUGGUAGAUUUAGAAGACCUGGGUCCUAUGAUGGAUAAAAUGAAAAAAGAUAAGGUAAGAAUAUUUUGAUAAACAUAGCACUCUAUUUGAAGUGAGUUGGAGCAUAGCUUCAAGCACUUGCAACCACAAAUUGAUAGUUCUGUCUGUGAGAAUAUUGAAGGUUUAUUAUUUGACACAGGACUUUACACAGGCUCAAUUCCAGUUUGAUUUAAUGUAAUUUAUAAUCAUGCAAGUGUUUCACACCAUCACAGGAUUGUCUUUUUUGUACACUUGAAUGAUAUAAAUGCAUCAGAAAGCACACAGAACUGCACAAAGGCUAUGUGACUCCUUGGCAACACAACUCACAGACAACGCUCGAGGUUCUGAGAUGGUAUCUGGUGGUAAUGUCAUCAGUAUCUAACCCAGACAGCAUUUACAUGUACAUGAGACAAUCAAGACCAAAUCAUGUACAAAUGAGUGUUGCAAGUGAUGUUUUGAAAGUAAACAAUAGUUUCUUUUCCUCAUUUGGUCCAUUUGUAGUCACAGUUUCUGUAAUCAUUUCGUUUCAUGUUAAUCAAUGCAGGAAGAAAAAGCAGUCACAAGCGUGAAAAGCUCAAAGAGAGUUGUAGGUAUGUUAACUGUGUAGAGUCAUUAAUAACACGCGGUAUUUGUUUUCCAAAUAUUAAGUUUGAUUCGUUUUUAAAUAUUACUUUCAAGACGAACGUGAUUUGUACAAAGUACGGUUGUACUUUGUUUUAAGCUCUCUAAUGAUCCGGAAGCUAUUAAUUGAAACUGUAUUUGAAAGUAAAAUCUUUCUUGAACAUGACAUUUUGGCUUUGGUGAAUGUUGGCGUUUCUCUGCGCGCGGGAAGAUUUGGGACGAUUUGGGGAGAGGUUUGUCAGGGGUCUGGCACUAAUAAUGAGCGCGUGUUCUUAGGCAAUCCCAGAAUCCAGAGCUUUAGCAGAGAGAGAAGUGUGCUGACCUUCUGGUCACAACUUAAAUUAAGGAGACUGAAUUGCUUCCAUGUUUCUUUGCUGAAGGUAACAAGAAAAAGGUUAAGACAGAACCCAAAGAGAUGAUAACACCCGCACUGGAGAAAGCCCUGACAAAACAAGGUACUAAAUAGUGAAUAUAGUAACUGUCAUUUGUUGUUUUCGAUGAUAGUCCUAAGAAUGAGGGCAUGAAAGCUUUUAUUGGAAUGGGCGCUACCCAUUGUCAAUGCUUGUAAAGUUUUUUGUUACUAACCGUGUUCGAGGUCCGUAAAGUCAUUUAUGGACCGAGGUUUUUCUGCUCGGAGUUAUGGCCCAAGUGCGGAGCGCGCGGGCCGUGAUUCCGAGCGGAUAAGACUCGGCCUGUAACGUACAAUACAGACCUCGAACUCGGUUAGUAAGGGGUAUUUAUUAUAUGACCUGUGUUUGAAAAACAUUUGACAAAAAUUUAUGUUUAAAGACCGUAUGCGUUGGCGUGAAUAGGGACGGAAAAUCCCAUGCGGCCUUGCGAGAUACGAGCUGAGUAAAAAGAGAAAAAGCACCAGCGGUAGUCACAUGAUAUGACGCUUUUUGACUGAGUUUAAUAGAUUCGGACUGGAAAAUAUUCAGCUCUCUUUCGUGGCGUGCAGACCUUGCGUUUAUGAUUUGGAGCCAAAACAUUUUCCCGUUCGGUCCUCCACCUCAGUCAAUAAUAGUACAAUCUCACCCAGUUUGUGGGCUAGAUCAAUAUAUUUCCAUCAAAGACAACCGAAGUUUUUUUUAUACCGGGAAUUCAAGUACCGUGAUUAGCCAGUGCUAGGCCCUCGAUCUGUAGCGUCGAACGAAUGAGCGGGCGAGGGAAAUCAGUGGGCCCUGUAUGCCUGGAACAAGUUAGGAUCUCAUCGAAAGGUUGCUUUGCCAGUUUUUACUAUAGCUCCAGCUCUCCUUGAUUUCAGGAAAUCAAAUCUCAAUCACUCUUUCUUAAGCUUGUUUCCUCGUUUCCGGUUAUUUCCUAGGUUACCGUCUGAUCGGUUCUCACUCCGGAGUCAAACUAUGCAGAUGGACGAAGGUAUCUAGAAUUGAUGUUAUUCCACUUUCAAACGAGUUAGAUACUUUUCAUGCGUAGUGUAUUGUGUCUGUCGUUAUCACGCCAAGUCACAUAACCUCGUUUUCAGUUUUGCACCUCUUUCUACAUCAGCCAUCAGUCAAGUCAAGUGAUAUUCUUAUCACUUCUCCCUUUGAAGGACGCACUUUAGGCCGACACGUCGGUAUUGUUAACUCUUAAGUGUUAUACACAUUUUUAUUCACUAGAACGUAUUCAUUUGUCAUUACGAAUCCACCUGGUUACGGGUCAAAUUUGACAACCAUCUCAUUGAAGCCGAAAGAUUCAGAGAGAAAUUUUUCACAGUGAACCCAACUGUUAAUGUCCUCUCAGCUCUUUAUUGCAUACUGGGGUUUAACUCUGCAACUCUCUUUACCCGCUUUGUUACGACCUCAUUUGCAUGACACUAUCACGUGGUACAUACACGAGUGCUAGGUUCGACUCAGUGAUACUUGUGUUUUGUUCGCAGUCAAUGUUAAGAGGUCGUGGUGGUUGCUACAAACAUACCUUUUAUGGUAUAGAGAGUCAUCGUUGUAUGGAAACAACACCAAGCUUAGCUUGUGCUAAUAAGUGCGUGUUUUGUUGGAGGUCAGUGUUAUUGACUUGAAGAGUCCAUGCUAUUUGUGAGGAUGUAGUGUACAGGGGGAAAAACCAUUUCUCUACAAGUGUCACUUCUCUGUCAGAGUGAUUUUAGAUUGAGUGCCUCUGUUUUGCUUUACUACCCACUUUGAUUGGUUUACAAAUUUCUCGUCACCCUCCUAACCAAUCAAAUGAAAAGUAGAACCAAUCGCGACUUGGUCACACGCGUUUUCCCGCGCUUCAGGUAGUUUGCUUGUUUUUACGGUGGGUUAUCACCGACUUCUUGAGAUACUUUUCCUUUGCACUGAUUGGCGUUAUGAUAAAUUUGGUUUUGCGACACUCGAUCACAAAUCUGAUUUCCCCUUUGGUGUUUUAUUUUGGGCAGCGUCGGUAAUCUUUAGUGAAAAUGCGAGAUACUUUCAUCUCAGUUAAGUUCGAAAAUCUUUGGAACUGUUUGAAAGAUCAAGGAUACCAGGUCUGAAGAUUUUGGUUUACUUAAAAAUGCAUGCUCGAACGUUUUUAAGGGAAAGUACGUUCCUGAAACUAAACAAUUUCUGACCGCGCCAUUAAAAAAUAUUCGAGAAAGUUUGAAACUUUUUACCGUGUCUCGAGAACCCAUCGAGUAACUUGACUUUCCGUCAUUGUUUUCAAAUAUGCUAAUAAUUCGACCACAGACGUCGCCAUUUUGAAUAAUGCUUGGUAACCUGGCCGCUUGCACGUGACGUCAUAGUAUUUUUUUUUCCCUCUCCUCAUCAGGCAUCAUACAAAUCCUGUUGGAACAGAAUGGAAAUGGAAGAUGGACGAUCCUGACACGAUUGUGAAUGGCGCCAUGGAGAAUCACCGCAACAUGAUCAAACAGUUCAGAGGUUAGUUGCAUUAGUGACAGGUUAGGACCUUUUGAGCUUGUUUCUGAUUCAUCAUUCUAUUUUAAUGCACUUUUAGGUGUUCCUGGUGUGAAACCUGAGAGAUUCGAAGAAGGAAUGAAAAUAAGACAUUGUGCUCUUUCUCUUGUUGGUACGUAAUUUUUCGUAACUUUAAAUUUUUGGUAAUUUUUACUCAAGCUUGGUAACACCCUGUAAAUGUGUGCUUUUUCGUUCUGUCCAAGGUGAACCUAUCAUGUAUCCAAGAAUAAAUGAACUCGUCAGGAUUCUGCACGGACAUGAUAUCUCAUCUUUUCUCGUGACGAACGCACAGUUUCCUGACGCUAUAAGGUUGGUCCAAAACGAUUUUUACCCUCCCCCCCCCCUCCAUCUCUUUGGUUACUCUGUGCAACAUGGUUCUUGCACGUUGACGAAUGAGUAAGUAGUUUUUAGUCUCAGAAUAAAUCAUCCGGCCUAUUCUAAAGAUUUUUUUAACCAAUGUAUAAGCACUUAGAUUGAAUCCGAAACAGUCGAUUCUUCAGUAAACUAUCACCGGGUCUGUGAUUUCGAGCAGUAUUAUAUUUUACAGAGGGGGUUCCACCGAGAGGAAAAACUGAGUGGUUCUGCGUUUUGAGUUAUAGUAUGUAGAUGAUUCGUUAUAAGAAACUGUUCAUUCACAUUUCAACCGGAAAGCAAAAAAGAGGAUCGAUGAGCUUAUCGCCUUCUAGUUUAUCUCCUCCUUAAAAUAACGAAACUUCGUCAGCGCACAAAUGCAUAUGUGAAACCAGAACGAGUUAUUUGGAGGACACGUUUAGGUAUUUUAGAGCGCAUUGUGUACCUUUCCAUUUUCAAUACUGCUAUAAUCUUCAGAUUAAUCAUUUGUCACUCACGAAGGUCGAAUUUUUUACCGUAUUUAUUCGAAAUAACGCCCAACCUCAGUUAAGCACCCACCUUAUCGGUUGGAAAAGUUGAUGAGCGCCCAACCUCAAUUCAGCACCCACUGCUCUCAAGGUGAGCGCUUAGGACGCUUAAUCGAAGAAAUGCAGUAUUCCUUUGUGUGGCUAGUGUUUGUCGUCCUUCUAUGGUGGGUAGUUUGGUGUUUUGUUACGGCUAUGAGCGAGGAAGUAUUGAGCAAAGUUGUCGACAACAUCAAUGUAAGAGAGAUUUUUUUUUCUUCUCAGGAACCUCAUUCCAGUGACUCAGUUGUAUGUCAGUGUGGAUGCCAGCACUAAAGAAAGCCUCAAGAAAAUCGACCGACCCUUGUUCAGAGAUUUCUGGCCUCGGUUUUUGGACAGCCUUAAGGCUCUGUCAGAAAAGGUUUGAAGAGGCUUUCAUCUCCGUUUUUUGCUUUGUGUCAUAAUGUUGUGAUUAUAUUAGUGGCGCUGUUCUAGUUGUCUUGUACAUGAAAACCAACUCACCCGACCAGUUUGAAUCGCACCUUGAGGAGAUUGCUGUUUUAGCAAUUUGUGUUUUGUUUUAUGUGUCUCUGUUGCGUCAAACUCAUUGGAUAACCUUUGAAGUUAUCGUGAAUAUUCGUAGCGUCCUCUGAUUGGAUGGUAGUAUCGGAGCCUCUUCGGUUUCGUCAGUAAGUUUCGGAACUAUCGAGCUCUUUUUUCAUGUAAAUGGAAAUAAUAUAUAUAUAUAUGUGAAAGUUACCAUUUCUUAUUGUGUUUUUAAUUUCAGGGUCAGAGAACUGUGUACCGUCUCACACUGGUUAAAUCCUGGAACAAUGAAGAAAUCAAAAACUAUGCCGACUUGGUAUCUAUUGGCAAACCAGACUUCAUUGAAGUUAAGGUACUGUUACGUUUCUUUGUUUCCUUACGAAACAUCAUUGUGCGCUGAAGAAUUUACUUAUAAAACAGAUAUAAACAAUGCCUCCCAAUGCUCUGUGUCGCCUAAAAGCUGGCUUUUGAACUGUCACACAUUUUCUCUUUAGAUGAGGUGUUGUUAGAAUUUGGAUCGUGAGAUCUCGGGUUGAGCCUUGGCCGAGUCACCAUGCUAAACAGUUUACUCCCAUCAUGCCUCUCUCUCUCUCUCUCUCUUUCUUUUUCUCCAAGUCGGAGUGUAAAUUGAUACCAACAGACUGUCACGGAAACCUGACUUAAAUCUGGGGUAGACCGAAACAUAUCGCAUCUCAUCCAGGGGGAGUAACGAUAAGUAAAUAUACCUCAGUCCCGGGAAAACGAAUACGCUCCCUUACCAAAGUACGCUGGUGAUCACUUCCUUUUUUCUCAUGAACUUAAUGUGUGAUUCAGGAGUGAUAUUGUAAGGAGAAAUUAUAUUUUAGUCACUCGGAGGGUUCAAAUGGUUAACUGCUAUGACAGCAUCGUGGCUGUGUUCCUUUGUAGCUCACUUAGGAGUAUUGAACCACUUGUCCUUGGGUGGUUUAUAUAGAAUAUUAUAUUUAUUAUGUGUUUCUCGUUUCUUCCUCAGGGUGUAACCUAUUGUGGGGAAUCUAAAGCAUCCACCCUAACGAUGCAGAAUGUACCAUGGCAUGAAGAGGUAACGUUGUUAAAACUUUUAACUCUUCCUACUAAUUCUGACUCAUUUGAUUAGGCUGGUUUUAAUAAUUUGGAUUGUUGUCUAUUGGAUGUUAACUGUCUUUGUCCGCUUAUCCUGUUACAUUUACAUUGAUUUAGUUUCAGUGGAGAAUUUGCUUGUCCUUCUUCAUCGACUGAGUCAUUUUUUACAUUGUUCCAAUGUGUUAUCAUUUUCUCCUCAGGUCAUUGGGUUUGUUCAGAAGCUAACAGAUUUACUACCUGACUAUGAGAUCGCCUGUGAACAUGAACAUUCCAACUGUCUUCUUAUUUGCCACAAGAAGGUGAGAGUUGAAAAUGGAACUUUUUUUUGACGUCUCCUCACAAACUGGUCGAACAUAUAUCACAAACAUAUCCCCUAGUUUGUAUCGAAAAUGACAGAUAUGGCAGCAGCAGUACACACGCUGAUGCGAGGCUUUAAAAUCGAGAGAAAGAUAUGAAAAAGAACUUGGGUACUAGGAUCAUCGACGCACUUUUAUUGGUGUUUUGCUGUCUUUUUUCUUACCUGACAAAAGGAAAAAUUUUAUGAACACUCAUGGUGGGGCCUGUAGAUUUCCUUAUUGUUACUUCGGGUUUUAUUUUUUAUUUUUUGUACUCUUAGUUUAAGAAAGAAGAUGGAUGGUACACAUGGAUUGAUUACCCCACUUUCCACCGUCUGGUAAGGGCUGAAAUAUUCUUCACCAAUACUGUUUAUUUUUCACAACCAUCAUCUUGUUUGAUGAAGGUAAUGCUUUGCUUAAAGUGAAUAUUACAGCCAUGGUAUAAGCCCAUAAUAUACAACUAUCGUUAGAACAAGUCGUAAAGCGUUCUUGGUGGCCAUUACUUUUGUAUCCCCAAUGGGGGACCAAUAAUCAUUUCUUCGGAGCGGAUUAUAUGUACGCAUGGCCAUCAUAUCAUCUUGCGUGACUUUUCACCCUGAUUCUUCUCACUGUUUUUUUAUACACUUGUUGUGGUACUGACAAGGAACGUUUGUUAAGCAAGGGCUUCUCUAGGGGGCGAUCACGCGCGGAUUUAGGGGAGGGGUGCAAGGGGUACGCACCCCUCCCCCCCAUGACCUUUGGCUUUCUAAUAUGACUAGUAUUCUGCGGAAAAAGAAAAAAAACUAUGUGGUUUAUUGGUGUUGAAGUAAAACAAGCAGCAAUUCUCAUUAUGUGAUUGCCCAGUCCUACGUCUUUUUCCUCGUUGUUCUCUUUAAAAGCUGGUUUAUGUCAUUCUUUAGUGGUUUGCCCCCUACUGAGAAAAAUCCUGAAUCCACCCCGCCAUCAUCGAUUAAAGUGUAGCAUCAAUUUAUUUCCUGGUGCAUUGUUUGUGUAGAUGCAGCGUUAUGAAGAGAGUAACGGAACCGAAAACUUUACAGCACUGGACUACAUGGCUAAGACACCUGAAUGGGCCUUGAUGGGCCAUGAACAGAGAGGGUUCGAUCCAGAGGAAACUCGGUGGCAUCGCAAGAAGAAGAAGGACAUUAGUGGCUGUUAAACAUUUCCGAUGGACGAAUUUGUGUGUACUUACCUUUGCUGUUGGGUUAGUCCGCUCUAUGCGGUUCGAAAGAGUGACGUAUUUCAAGUAUGAAGUGGAGGAGAGGUUUCGAUUUCAUUUUUGGAGUGCGUGACUUUUUGGGAACAUGAUGGCAACAUUUUCGAGGAGCAAACUGGAGGAUUACAUUAAUGUAGCUUGUAACUGAACAUUUAAGCCCAAGAAAACCAUUUGAAGAUACGUUUUAUCCUAAGUCUUCAGCACCUUUAGCUAGUUGGCAAACAGGGCCACACUUUAGCACCAUUAGACUUGCGUUUUCCUGCACCUGGGAAUAUUUGAGACGUGUCGGGGAGAGGUUUUCUAGGGAUCUGGCUCUAAUUGCUUGUGUCAGACCCCAGACACCCUCAUACCUUCCCGCGGGCGGAAGAAACGCUCGUGCCGGAGCGCUUAUAAUAAGGACCAGCUAGUAAGCUAACCUUUAUCCUACUUUGAAAGCUGGCAUAUUUUAAAAUGCCCCGUAGAAGCUUUAGUUACUGUUGUUACAAGAAUCUGGCAGGAAUGCCUGUUUACACGCAAGCUUCCUGUAAUUUAUAUUAUUAACUGUGUGUAAUAUUGAUAGACGCAAUCUGAGUAUGAAAUGCGCGUAAAUUACGCAGAGAAAAUAAAACGGAACCCGUCAAAUUCGUGUACUGAGGUUAUAGUGUGCGAACUAGGACAAAACGACUUUUAUGACGGCUUGAAAUUCCAGUCUGCAGUGCCGUAAGUGAAAGAAGCGUCUAAACAAUGUUGAAUUACGAAUAUCGUCAGUGAUUGACGAUAGGAAUUUUUUUCCUUGGCGCGCAUCAGUCUAUCAUAACUGCGUAAAUGUGCUUCGAGCCAAACUUUGACGAUAUAGUAUAACUCUCUCCUUUCGAUCAAUACUCUAAAUAUGUUGUAAAAAUAUUGAAAAUGAUAAAUAAAUGAAAAC